GAACAAGGGGGCACAACUCGUGUAACUAUUGAACAUAAUCUCUUAUAAGACUAGAAUUGACUAGAGUCUUGAUGAAAUCGAGAUUUAGAUCUAGAUCUAGACUAGAUCUAGACAUCUUAAAAUAUCUAUAGAUGGUGUACGACAUAAAUCUAAAUGGAGGAGAAAGGUAAAUCUAAUACAGGCUCAAUCACAUCAGUAACAGAAGAGGAAGAAACAUCUUCAGAUUCUGAUACUACAGAGUCCUACACCAACAUCACAUCUUCAUUACUUAGCAGCACUGAUACAGAUGAUAAACUCACUCCUGACUUGAUCAAUAUUUCCAUCUCCAAGCCUGCCAAACAGAUGGGUAAUGCUCCAAAAAGAAGGAAGAAGUGUAACACCACAGUGAUAUCAGAUGUGGACAUUCAAAAAGCUGAUAUUUGUGGUUAUCCCCCAGCUUUGGAGAAUGUUGAUGACUUUCUGCCUAGAUCAGAAAGUACAGGGUUUAUUUUCCCUUACGGUUCCAGUCCACUUCCUUUGGGAAAGUUAGACAAUGCAAGUCUCUGUAGCCAGCCUGAAGAAGAAUUUCCUAGGCAUGAAAGGAAGAUUUUGGUUGCUCACUCAUCCUCCACAGCUAGUGACAAAAGCUCUGGUGCAGACAACUCUGAAGACAAGUUUGGCACACACUGCUCAAAUAAUAGCAAUAGUAAUGCUAAUGGUGACAGCUCUACAGUGCGCCCAUACCUGCCUAACUGGACUUGUGCUGCUUGGUACCAGGCAAGAUGUUUCGACCAUUAUUGGAAACAUUACAACUUUGUCAUGGCUUGGUACAGACAACACAUCAGUAGUGUCAGGCUAUUACACAGUCAAAUUGGAAUGGUGUGGCCUAGUUUUCCACAAAGUCAUCACUGCUGUGCUAAUAAAAAAAGAAGAAGGAAUGGAUCUGCCAGGAGAAGAAAGCAUCACAAAAACAUUCAGAAAAGAAAGAAAGCUCAGAAGGCAAGCUCCAGCAGCAGAUCUAGAGAAUCCUUGUCAGAUCUUAAUGAAAGAAAAAAUGUUGUAGAUGAGAGAGAUAGUAAAAGUGAUUCUAACGAAGAAGAAGAAGACAUAGAAAUGGAAAUAACUGAAGAGAUGGCUCAGUUCAUCAAAACAUCAAUGAUGCAUAAAUUGGAGAGAGACAACAUAAAGAAAAAUGUUGAAGAAACAAGAGAAGAAGAAACAUCAAUUAAAAUUGCUUCCUGUCAACCUAAUCCUACCACAUCUGCACCUGUAGAACGACCUGGGGCUCGGAGAGCAGCAGAAUUGAAAGAUCUUUAUGGAAAUGGUGCAGCUAUGAUUCAUGGGAUGGAAACUGCUCUUCAAAUGACCUAUGAUAGAGAUCUGGAUAGGCUAAAGCCAAAACUUUGGCCCAAUAUGCCACUUAGAAUUGUGUUCUCAUAAGUUCAUAUUGAUUAUGUUUAUCAGAAGACUUAUAAAUAAUUUGUUUGUUAAAAUAAAACUUUAAAAGAUUGUU